GGAAGAAGGAGGGUUGUUCAAUUUACAAGUAUGCAUUUUGUAUAUGCUACAUAAUUAAUUUAUAUUUCUCUCCAAAACAUGAUUAAAUCUUUAAAAAGCAUUUCAAUAUUGAGGAAUUUAAAACCUACAUGUCUCCAUCAUUUGAAGAAGAAAGGAAAAAGUUAUGUUUUAUCAGCGAAAAGGCCGCCUCCAAGGGCGGGCUCCUGGACAGGAAACGGUUGCUGAAGACCUGCAGGCUCCGCCAUUUUCUCCCUCGCUGUGAUAUUUUCUAUGGAUUUGGGCUUCUCAGGACACAUAAAGGUAAUAAAACUUGUCAAAUAUGAGCCAGUGUUAGAAGCAGCGUGUUUAUAAUCAAGAUUUGAAAAGGUUUGGCUUUUUAUUUGCCGGUAAUGUCGAGUAAAUCCAAGUCAGUCUUCAUGCUAACGUUUGCGGUCAUUCACUGGUUGCUAAUGGUAGCGGUCAUGCCUGCCCUCAUUGAAUAUCUUUAUCUUCAUAUCUUUAUCUUUAUUAGUUUUUAUGUCUGUUAACGUAAUGUGUGCACGGCAACUAGUUUGUAUGGGGAAAUUCAUAGAACAUAGGCCUAGGUCUAUUCUCUUUUCAAAUUGGCACCUGUCGGAGGUAUUAAACAAGUUAACGAGUGUGGGGGAUGGGUAACUCUGACAUUGGCUUUGGUGAAACAUGGCUGCUGUAACGAAAUGGAGGAAAACCGACUAGGCGAUAUUAAAAUAUCCUCCAUCCAAGACCAAUAUUUGAUAUAAGGUAUGUCUCUGGGUGCUGUGUCAAAGGCUCUGUAGUAGUGUGAAUGUGGCAGUGUAAAGGGUGUUCAGUCGCUGUGCAAAACUGAGACGUAGAAGGAUGAAUGCCCCGACACUUCUCAAAGUCAUCUUGGGUGACAACAGCAGCCAAAGGAUGACUUUUCAAAAUGGACUCCCAGGAUCUGUUAAUGAACUUGUUAGUGAGGUACAAAGACAAUGUGGACUUGACUAUGACUUCAGACUUCAGUUUAUGGAUGCACUAUUUGGAAAUGACUUCAUGAACCUCACUUCAAUGGAUGAAGUACAGGAUAGAGGGACAAUUAGAGUGAUUGCCAUGACAGAUUCCUCAACUCCUCAGUGUGCUAAUAUCCUUCCCACCUCAGCUGCCCAUCACUCCCUUAAUGAAUCCUCAUCCCUGUCCAGUGGAUGUGUUGACACUGACAUACUCUCUUCACCGGAGUCAGAGUCAUCCGGCUCUCGGUCAUCUUGGCCGAGCAUCUUUCGUGUUCCUCAGUUUAGUUAUGAUGCCGAGUUGAAACUUGCGCAGGGCAAUGCAGCUUACAGGGAAAAGGGUACAUUGUUUAUUCCUGAUCCUAAACUGAAGUCGAACAUUCUUGAGGGCCUAGUGCAAGAAAUUGUUAAGUACAAACUUUAUGUUUCUGACAAAGACUUUAACACAGUUGGAGAGGCUCUAAUCUCAAAGCAUCCUUGCCUGACUGAGAAAGGCUCCCUCUCUGGAUAUGCUGGAUGGAAAUGCAGCUUGAAGAACAAACUGGCAAUCUACCGCACUCACCUAAGAAAGCUUGGAUGUCCUGAGGUGACAAUAAACUCACUCAAGCACAAACCAGAGGGCAAAUCAAGCCCUGCUUUUGGCAUUAAAAAACCAAGAAGGUCUGAAGUGAACUACUGUCCCCCCUAUCCUACUGGAGAAUCUGAGAAGAGUCUUGAGAGUGUGAGAAUGGAGCUUCUUUCAGAUGUUAAGAAGAAGAACAACAGGGAAGCAGUAAGGAUGAAAAUGGAAAAGACAUUUGCAUAUAGGAGACAGGAAGUGGUUCGCGACACACCAAUGAUAAGAGACUUCCAGACGAGAUGGCCAGCACUUUUUGAAGUAGGCGAGAUAAAUGCUGAAUUCAAACGGAUCACAACAAUGCCCCUGCAGUCCAGAUUUCUAUCGCAAUUAGAUGUUCACUCCGAGAAACUGCUCAAAAUGUUUAAAAACAGAGGAGGACAGAUUGGCAGACGCCUAGGGGGCAUCAUUGCACCCAUGGAUGAAGAUGAUGACGUGGAUCUGGGAAGAGAAUGUGUCAUAAAGGCACUCUGCGUUUACCUGAACGAGGACCCAGAGAAUCUAUUGAGAGAGUAUGUGGCAGCAGAUGAAUCCCUCCUCCAGGAAUCCAUUGAGGAAACCACUAUGGGUAUAUACGUCUGGAAACACAGAGAUGACAGUGAAAAACCAGAGGACAUUGGCAUUGUCCUCGAGUCCCAGAUUGUGAUGCAGGAUAUGGACAGUGUUCCCUUAGCUGCUGCCAUGUUGUUUGGCCUAAUAUAUUCUUUGAACUUAAACUACCCUGCUGAACUCAAGUAUACCUUUGAAGUGCUGCAGAAGGUGGUCAUGGAGCUUGAAGGCAAUGCACUGUCCAAAAAAGCCCAAGUCCUGAAGAACAGACUUUAUCAGUGAACUGGCUAUCCAGGCUCUCGAGCUUGAUUUCUUAAGACAUACAUUAUGUCACCUACCUCUUCCAGUUGUUGGACUUUUCUUUUGGGCGGGUAGGAGGCUUUUUUUUUUUUUUUUUAAAUGGAACUAUAACAUAAUUUCCCCCCCCUUUUUUUAGAGUUUGGGGUGAUUUUUGUUUACUGUGAACAUUGAAAAAAUUAUAGUGGCUUGUUUACGAUUACCAGUGUUCACAUUAUGGAACACCCUGUGGUCAUGGUCAGGCUGUGUGCUAUGUACCAUAGAGCAAAAGGACAGGUGUGUAUUCAAAUGAAAAUUCUCUGUCAGUGUGUUGUAUGUACAUAGAUGAGUUUUAAUGUGUGGUGACCGUAGCUUUGGCUUCAGGUUCUGCUAAAUGGUGUGCACAAAUCUCCCUCUGUUAUCCACACGAACCUGCACACAUUUCUGACUCCAGGGACUCUUCUUUGUUGAAGGAAAAAAAGGCUAUCCAACUUGUUUGCUUGAUUUCUUAAGACAUGCAUUAUGUCACCAUCUACCUCUUCCAGUUGUUGGACUUUUCUUUUGGGUGGGUAGGAGGCUUUUUUUUUUUUUUUUUUUUAAAUGGAACUAUAACAUAAUUCCCCCCCCCAUUUUUAGAGUUUGGGGUGAUUUUUGUUUACUGUGGACACUGGUAAUUGCAAACAAGCCACUAUAAUUGUUUCAAUGUUCACAUUAUGGAACAUCCUGUGGUCACUGUAGCUUUGGCUUCGGGUUUUGGUUCACCAAUAAUGUUCUGUCUUUGUUGGGGAGAAAAAAAGGUAUUUUUCUGGUAAUACUGUAUGCAUUAUUUCAUCUACCUCUUACAAUUGUUUGAUUUAUUUGGGUGAGUGGGAGGCUUCUUUUUCCACUAUUUUUUUAUCAAACUGAAACAGACUACUACCCCUAUUUUUAGGGUUUGGGGUGAUUUUUCUUUAACUGCCGUUCCUUCUUGAUGCUUGAAACAAUGUUCUAAUAAAUAUAAAUGGAAAUUUUCAAUUAAAUAGUGUUUACUUUGUUUUUUCACUGAAUUGUCAAUAUAUAUGAUUUCCCAGGUAGUACACAGCAAGUUGU